AUGGACCAAAACACCACCCUGCAGCCUUUAGGGAAUUGGUCUACCACCACCGACAAUAGUUCCGAGGAAUACUUGUACUACUAUUACUACGACACCGUUGUAUUGCCGUAUAAAGUCGACAUUUUCAAGCCAUGGCAGAACAUCGUACUAGGGUACGUCUAUUUCAUCCUAUCUCUGCUUACAAUCAUCAUCAACUGUCUAGUGUUUGCAGUGUUCAUAUGGAAGAGGAUCCGGACCCCGACGUCUGUUGUUCUUCUGGCGUUGGCGGUCUCCAAUACUAUCAUCUGUGCUACGAUCAUGCCCUCUGCCUACCACCUGUACAUCCAAGGGAACUACUCCCGGUAUCUGCCGUACCACUGGUGUGUCGUUCGACACGUACUUUACAUUGCUCACCAAAUGACGAGAACGUCCUCUAAUUGGUUGGUGGCACUUUUGGGAAUUCAACGAAGCAUCAUCGUCAUCUUCCCUUUCCAAGCUAAAAGAUACUGUUCUAUGCGAAACACAUGUAUCAGUAUUGGUGCCAUAACACUGGCUGCAUUUAUAAUUUUCAUUUUUGAAGCCAUUAUUAUAGACAUAACCCCGCUUGAAGUUUUGUCGGAGGACGGGGUUUCCAAACUCCCCGAGAGCUGUCUGCGAGACUUUGCACACUGGUUCAAGGAAUCUUCAGACGACCUUGGAUCUUCAGUGAUUACCAACUAUAUCGUUACAGGUAUAUUCUCUCGGCUGUUACCGUGCCUCAUUCUUUCUGUAAGUACUUGUGUACUAACCGUCAAACUUCUGUGUAAAGGCAAGACUAUAACAGACGGAGCCCAGAAUUCCUCCUUCACCGACAAGAAGAUACAUCGAGCCACCAUCAUGUUGUUUAUAAUUCUGUUCUUGUUUCUGGGAUCUGAAUUACAAGACUGUGCCGCAUAUUUCAUUUACGUGCACGAGAUUGCCGUCUACAGCAAGAGAGGGCGCGUUCUCUCUGAGGAAGAGGACAAAGCUUGGGAUACUAUUGGCGUGGUGGUUUGGCUCCUGGUCUACAAUAUCAACGCUUGGAUUUUCUUUUUCAUGAGUAGCCAGUUUAGAGAGGCUUUUUACAAGAUGUACACGCCUCAUCUACCUUUGCUAAAAGAGAGUAACAAUACUGGUACUACGUAUCUGAAAAGUGCCAAUUCUUCGCCUCGAUCUGGAAACCGAAGUCGUGUCAAAACGUCACGUGAUGUUAGUCCAGACUCACGCCAAUUCCUUACUAGUUAA